GAGGAAGCCGAUAUUGAGGAGGAGCAUCAGGAAGAAGAACACAAAGAACAGCAAGCGGAGGGCGAGGAUGAGGAGGCCAAGGCGCAGGACGAAGAGGCUGAACGGAACACGGACGCUGAGCCGGAGGAGGACGCUGAGGAGGUAA